AUGCAUCUCCUCUUUCUAACCUUCUGGGCGACUCUCGCCCCCAUUUCGCAAAGCAUCUCCCUUUGGGACCCGACCGGCCCAUACCAUGUUGGCUAUACUCAACAUGUCUUUAACCAUACCACCCCAAAAGAUCCCACAAAACCCGGUAACAUCAUGCUCUUGACCAUCUAUUAUCCUACCCGCCAGAUACCGAACAUCACAGUCCCAUAUCUCGACCCAAUCAGCGCCAGCAUCUUCGAAAAAGGCGGCUUCCCUAAUGGAUCCCUGUCCACCCUCACUACAAAACUCCAAUUUCAAGCUGCCACACUCCUCGAUACCAACCCUGAAUUCGGAAAUGGCACAUCUCCAUACCCAACAAUCAUCUUCCUCCCAGGCACUGGACUACCAGCGAGAGCUUAUACCGCAUACCAAUCGGAACUCGCCUCCUACGGCUACACUGUCAUAUCUAUCGACCACCCAGGAGAAGCACCCUUCAUCCAGCUUCCAUACGGCGGUGAAGGCAUUUACACAACCCUCGACCUUCUAACACAAACUCCUCCACCUGAAAUAGCGAGAGCUGUGUACGAUUACCGCGUUUCAGACGUCCUGGCGAUGAUAAACGACCCAUUCCUUCCUUCUCUAAUUCACACCUACGGUGCACCUAUCAACACGACGCAUUUCGGGAUUUUCGGACAUAGCAUUGGAGGUGCUGCCGCUGCUGGGGUUAUGGCAGCCAGCGACACGAAAACCGCGUCUUUGUUUAAAGUCGGAGGGAAUUUGGAUGGAAGGUUUACCCAGUUAUUGAAUCAAUCCCUCACCGGAGUGAACACUAGCAUCCCUGUUUCUAAUCUCAAGCGGCCAUUCCUCGAGCUAGCUACUGAGACGACCUUAAACGGCAGAAAGGACGGGGAUAUAACGUGGGAGUAUUUCAAUGCUGGGCAAAGUGAAUGGUGGCGAGCUUUACAGAUCGUUGGCACAGAACAUCUGGACUUCAGCGAUAUUCCGCUGUGGGUGGAACGAUUGGGCGGGCGAGAUGAAGCUCUUGGAGGUUCGUUGGGAGGUGCGGAUGGGGUCAGAACAACACAUAUUGUGGCCUCCAUCAUGAGGAAAGUUAUAGGGUAUAUGGAGGGGAAGGGUUUGAAGCGGGUGGACGAAUAUACCGACAAGGUUCCAGAAGCGUUCAGGUUGGGUGGAAAUGACGGCGGCCGAAAGAUCGGAUGA